GAUGUCAGGCUCGUCCUCCUGCUGGUCUAUCUGUAUGUCCGUGAAGGACAGGUGUCCUGGUCCCAGAGGACUCCUCAGUCUGCUCAUCACUAAAGCGGUCCUGUUUGCUCUGCUGUUUGGAGUCGUCUGGUCCAUCACUGGCAGGGAAUGUUUACCUGGAGGGAACCUCUUCGGCAUCAUCAUCCUCUUCAUCAGCUCGGUGCUGGGGGGGAAGCUGGUGGGGCUGAUCCGCCUCCCCAAGUUGCCCCCCCUCCCCCCACUGCUCGGGAUGCUGUUGGCUGGCCUCCUGCUCCGUAACGUUCCGUACGUGACUGAAGCCGUCUUCAUCAACACGCACUGGUCUGCAGCGCUGAGGAACAUCGCCCUGUCAAUCAUCCUGACCCGGGCUGGACUGGGCCUCAACCCCUCGGCGCUGCGUCGGCUGAAGGCGGUGUGUGUUCGUGUGGCGGUUGGUCCCUGCAUGAUGGAAGCGUGCGUCAUCGCUGUGGUCUCUCACUUCCUGCUCAGACUGCCCUGGAUCUGGGGCUUUAUUCUAGGCUUCGUUCUGGCUGCUGUGUCUCCAGCUGUCGUCGUCCCCUCCAUGUUGCUGCUACAGAGGGAAGGAUAUGGAGUGGAGAAGGUAAACCAUCUGCGAGAACGUUGUGAUUCCAGAAGCUUUGACUGAACUUCCUGUUGGGUCGAGCUGUGGAGAAGAGUCAUGGGUUCAUGUUUGAAGUUUUCCUGAAUAUUUACUAAGUUUUCUUAGUAAAUAUUCUAUUUGGUGAGAGAUAAACUUUAUUGUAUUUAUCCU